UUCCAAUAAUUUUGUUGUUGGGAGAAACGAAUUUAAAAACUCCAAAUAAAAUCACAAGUAGAAAUACAAUAAUACUUCGUGUUACUCCAAUUGAUUAUACUACUCUCCUCGUAUGAGUUGGAGUGAGAGAAAGACAGCAUCAAUUUUGACUCCUGCAUUACUUUCUUCUGCACUUUCAUAUUUUUCACAAAAGUUGCAGGUUUUUGAUCCUUUGUAAAUGAGCUUUUUAGUGAGAGAAAACCCAGAACGAAAAUGUCGGUGAAAAACAGAGCUGGGAUUGGAGGAAAUGACCAUUCUUCAAGGAACUUUCUACCUCGGAAGUUUGUAAUCUUGCUGUGCAUUGGUAGCUUCUGUGCUGGAAUGUUCUUCACAGAAAGGAUGUGGAUGAUGCCUGAAGAAAAAAAUGUAGUGAGUACAAGGAACAGAGGUGAAAGCAUACCAAUAAAACAAGACCGCAAACAGGUGUUUCGGCAAGAAUCUAAUCAUGUUCCUAGGGAUUUAUCUGUAAAAGGAAACAGCAUACAGUCAUUAGAUAAAACAAUUUCAAAACUCGAGGAAGAAUUAGCUGCUGCAAGAGCAGCACAGGAAUCAAUAAUAAACGGAUCUCCGGCAGCAGAAAGCUUGAAUAUUGCAGACUUAACUUCUAAACGGAAAUAUUUGAUGGUCGUAGGGAUUAACACUGCUUUCAAUAGCCGAAAACGAAGAGAUUCAGUUCGUGGGACUUGGAUGCCCCAAGGUGACAAAAGAAAGAAGUUAGAAGAAGAAAAAGGCAUCGUUAUACGAUUUGUUAUUGGACACAGUUCAACAUCUGGUGGCAUUCUUGAUAAGGCCAUCGAAGCAGAGGAAAACAAACAUGGAGACUUUUUGAGAUUGGAACACGUGGAGGGCUAUUUAGAACUAUCGGCAAAGACAAAGGCAUACUUCUCCAUGGCUGUUGGUUUAUGGGAUGCUGACUUUUAUAUAAAAGUUGAUGACGAUGUUCAUGUUAAUAUAGCCACACUGGGGAAAAUAUUAUCCAGCCAUCGCCUGAAGCCUAGAGUAUAUGUAGGUUGCAUGAAGUCUGGUCCAAUCCUUGCUAAAAAGGGAGUGAGGUACCAAGAACCAGAACACUGGAAACUUGGUGGAGAGGGGAACAAGUAUUUUCGGCAUGCUACAGGACAGCUAUAUGCUAUUUCAAACGAUUUGGCGACCUAUAUAGCCAUUAACCAGCAUCUGCUGCACAAAUAUGCGAACGAAGAUGUUUCAUUAGGAGCAUGGCUCAUUGGUCUGGAUGUAACACAUGUUGAUGACAAGAGUCUAUGUUGUGGUACUCCACCAGAUUGUGAGUGGAAAGCUCAGGCAGGCAACGUUUGUGGUGCUUCAUUCGAUUGGACGUGCAGUGGUAUUUGCCGGUCUGAUGAAAGAAUCUACGAGGUUCACCAACGUUGUGGGGAAAGUGAGGAUGAACUAUGGAAAGCCACUUUCUAAAUACACCCUAAGUCGCGCACAAGCAUCUCAGCUGUGGAGAGGUAUGUACGUACUCUAGAGAAUACGGUAGUAGAAUCAUACUAUUCUACUUUUACCUUGCCCGUGUAUAUGAAAUACGUAUAGAACAAUGUACUGUAAAAGCUUUGCGAUCUGCUGCUAUACGGGUGGUGCUCCAUUUUGAACGAAGGAGGAAGCCACAAGCAGUGUUUUCAACUGGUUAGAGAACCAAUAUUGAGAGUUUCUUUACCAGUAUGUAAGUGGCCUUUUGUUUUUGCUUUUGUUUAUGGUUUAUGUUUAGCUAGCUUGCUUAUUAGAAGAGCUUAUUGCAUACGUGUAAUAUCAACAAGAGGUUAUUAGAAGAGCUUGUUUAUGUUUAUGUUAAGCUAGCUAGCUUAUUAGAAGAGCUUAUUGCGUACGUGAAAUAUCAACAAGAGGUUUUGAUGGCUGUCUCUUGUGUAAUUAGGUAUGUUGUACUAUAGAAAUGGUUUGUAAAAUGUUUGUAUCUUUUGUGGUUCCUUAAUUAAUCCUUACAUAUUGAAGAAA